AUGUCUGAGAAGGUCGACGAAGAGAAAAAAGAUGAAGCAACAACAUUGAAAGAAGAAGAAGAAGAACAAUUACCGCCCGAAGUCGAUGCCUUUUUCAAAGGCAAAAACAAGUACAAACAUCCAUAUGGCGAUUGGAAACCUGUUGUUCGAGAGGAACAAUUAAAACGAAAAACAUUCGGUGAUCAACUUGAUCUGCCGGUCGAUAAUUGGCAUUUGCCAGAAAAUCAACCUGUGUCAGUUAUAACUGAAACCAAGGAUACUUCUCAUGUAAAGUUGUUAUUCAAAGAACGUGAAAUUACCAGUUUACCAUCAAGUUCAUCAUCAAAAGCAAACGAAUCGGUCACAUUCAAAAAGCGCAAAGUGACAUCGAAUAGACAAUUACGUGGUGCAAGUAAUAAAGAUCCACCGAUGAAAAAAGAAGUCGAUGAACAAUAA